CAUCAUAUGAUCAUGAUUGCAUAAGAGGAAAAUAAUUUUUGAAUUUUUAUAUCAAGACAGACGAACUCUUUGCCAGUAUUUUCAUAUGAAGAAAUCCAAUAUGAUUUUUUUUUGUAUUAACCUCUUUGUAUAUCUGUUGUGUCUGUUAUUUAUUUGAUUAAAUUAGUAAAUUGAAUGAAGGCAUUAAUAAUUGUUUUCUUAUUCAAACAAUUAAUGUGGAAAAUCAGCUAUUGUAAUCAAUUUAAAUUAAAUAGUCUGGUUGCUUUGCCUUUUAUUUUGAAGAAAGUUCGUUUCCAGGAAAAAGUGCAUUUUGAUCAGAGACUUCUCUUUAGGUUCUCUAAUAGUGUAGAGCUAAGUUCAAAUUUGGGUGUGGGUGUAGAUAAAGAGAAGACCCCUACCCACAUUCACACACCCACACUCUUCAAAAAAAUUUCUUCAAAAGAAAAUUUUUAUCAAGAUCAAAUAACAGGAAAAUUAGAAGCUGUUGGAGAUACAGUAGAACCAUUUCAUUUUAUUUUACAUCCAAAAGAUGAACAAUAUUUAACUCGUGAAGAUCAAGAUAAAGGAAAAGAAUUAUAUUCACUUUUAGUUCAAUUUGAAAUUCUUCAAGGAGAUACAAUAAGAAAAAUAUUUCGAAAUAAUUCACAAGAACGAGAUAAAAUAGAAAAGAUUAUUCGAAAUGAUCUUGAUCCUUCGAUUGCCGAUCCAUUAAUUAGUUUAUUAAAUAAAUUAAAAGAUAAUAUUAGUCAACAAAAUCAAUAUUUUUAUCAAACAGAUUUACCAUUUACUAUUAAAGAAGAAGAAGGAAAUAAUAUUCGAAUUUAUCUAAAAGAAAAAAAUAUUUUAAAGUCUGGUUUAAAAGCUAAUUUAAAAGAUUUUAUAGAUCUUCAAGAUCAAGAAAAUGUUCCAAGUGAAUUAAGAUUUUUUGAAGGUUUUAAUCUUAAUAAAUUUUUGAUUAUUGAAGAAGAUAAAUCUUGGUGGGAUUGGAAUGCUUUUGCCGUUGUAAUGAUAGGACUUGUUCAAGUCAUUGCCGAAGCUGUUUUAGUAGCCUUCGGUUUGACUCAGAUAGGCAAUGCUUUAAUAUCAGGUAUUUUUAGUUGGAAAGAAUGGGCAAUACAAAAAGCAAUUAGCUUCGGUCUCUCUAUGUUGACUGUUGGAAUUGGAAAGUUUUUGACGGAUAAAAUUAUGGAACAGAUUCAAGAAAAUGUUUAUACAAAAGAUUGUUAA